CUCCCCGAGAGAAGCCGCCCGCCAUGGCCACGCUCUCGCUCUCCUCCCGCCCCCUCACCUUCCUCCGCCCGAACCGCACCAAGCGUCCCCUCCGCCGCCUCCUCCGCCCCAAGCCCCUCGCCUCGUCCUCCGCCUCCGCCUCCGCCCUCACGCCGCCGACGCCCCGCCUCGACCCCACCGACACCCCCGACCCCACCACGCUCUUCCUCCGCCCGGCGUCCCACCCGGCCCCGGCCGCGGCCCUCGCCGCCUUCCGCCGCCGCGCGGCCGCGCUCGUCCCGCCCUCCGCGCCGCACCUCCGCUGGCUCCUCGCCGCCGCCGCCGCCGACCCCUCGUCCGACCCGGCGCUCCUCCGCGCGCCGCUCGACGACCUCGAGGCCAUGUGGGCCCGCCACGUCCGGGACCGCCGCCCGUUCCAGUACGUGGUCGGGAACGAGCACUGGCGGGACCUGGUGGUGGCCGUCAGAGAGGGCGUGCUCAUUCCGCGCCCCGAGACGGAGGCCGUCGUGGACAUGGUAAGGGAAGUGGAGGGGUUCGCGGACGGGUGGUGGGCGGACCUCGGCACCGGGAGCGGCGCCAUCGCCGUGGCCGUGGCGAGGGAGCUCGGCGCCCAAGGGAGGGUGUUCGCCGUUGAUGUCAGCGAGGUGGCCGUCGAGGUCGCGACGCUCAAUGUCCAGAGGUAUGGGGUGCAGGGUAAAGUUGAGAUAAGGCAUGGUUCGUGGUUCGAACCUCUGCAAGAUGUGAAAGGAAAACUCAUGGGGGUGAUUAGCAACCCUCCAUAUAUACCAACCGGUGAUCUACCUGGACUUCAACCUGAGGUUGGUUGGCAUGAACCAAAGUUGGCGCUUGACGGAGGCAAGGAAGGCAUUGAGCAUCUGCUCCAUCUUUGUGAAGGGUUAUCUUCAGUCCUGAAGCCUGGGGGUUUCUUUGUUUUUGAGACUAAUGGCAAUAAGCAGUCUGAGUUCCUUGUUGAUUUGAUAAGCACCAAGUGGGGUUCCUCUUUUCAUAAUGUGGAGGCAGUAUUAGACUUUGCAGGAAUCAAGCGUUUUGUAACAGGAUAUCGCAGAUGAACACCAAAGCAUGGAUGUCAAUGUAAUCCUUUGGAGACAAAUAAUUUUUCCCUUAGACUUUGGUUCUUGCCAUUUUAAAAAAGGGAUCAGUCUGGGGUGGCUUCUGCAGAAAGCAAACAACUCGUGCCAUUGGCCCAUUGCCCUCUGCAGAGCUUAUCACUUGCGGUUUAAGUCUGGUGGUCACACUGAUAUAGUGCAAAGUCAAUCAUCAAUGGUCACAAUGAUACAUAUACAUUCUUUAGGUGUGUGAGGUAACAUUUUCGCCAAAGCCAAGCCAAGGACUGAUCAAUGGUCCAACUGCCCAAGGAAGCUGUACAAAGUACAAUAGACAAGAGUUGGCAGUUUGCAUUCAGAAGACGUAGCAUGUAUUUGGCCACUUGUUUUGCGGCGUGUUGGGUGAUGAUUGUGAUUUAAAGUGGAGGCUUUUGUGGCCUCCAAAAUUAUUCCGCCGUCCACACGCCACUUUGUGUGCUUAAUUAUUGAUGCUGUGGGCCGGGUGAUUAUUUUUGUAAUUUUCUUUCUUUUUUGGCCCCUCCUUUGGAUCCAUCUCUAGGUAAAUUCUAUGGAAGAUGAUGUCUUUAUUGUUUUUCCUUUUUAGUAAUCCCAAAAAACUUAAUGAAUAAAGCAGAAGAAAUACCUAA